CUGCUUUGUUGCCUGAUUUAAAUGUUCCUGUUGCAUCACCACAAGAAGCUGCAGCUUAUGCUAAUGCUGUUUUUCCUCCAACUCAAGCGGGACCUUCCAGAGCUGCUGAUGCUAAUGCUUAUCCCAACGACUUUUGGCAGAGGGUUAUGAAUACCUUGGGACAGAUUCAGAGUAAUACACAGCAUUUGGAUACUCUGCGUCACAUUCAGAGCAAUACAGAGCAGGUGGUCAAACUACUGACCGAUGGACAUGGAUUUGGACCACAUCCUUCGGCUGCGGGAUUCUCCAAGAGACAGCGAGCUGAGGAGGCAGAAGAGAGAGGCAAAAACGACGCAGAUGAGAAGCAGCAGACGAAUGAGAGAGGUGACGGUGAAGAACUGCAGGAGAAAGAGGAAGCUAACGAUGAAGAACUGCAGAGGAAAGAGGGAUGUGACAAUGAAUAAGCAGAGAAGCUGCAAGAUCAGAAUCUACAAAUGCCAAAA